CUUGGAAGCCCAGUGAGUCGCUGGGGGAAGCCGGGCAGACGCCGGGCGCAACCAGAACGCAGGGCGCGGAUCCUUCUAGUCGCGGCCCGGGCAGAUCCGAGUCCGCACACCUCGGAGCCGGGGCCUGAAGGGCAAGAGUGUGUGACGGGGGUCUCUGUUCCUGAAGGAGGGGGCCAUGGCCUCCAUGUUGCUCACGCAGAGGCUGGUCUGCAGCUUCCAGCACAACUAUCGCCUGUUUGUGCCAGGAUCCAGACAUAUCAGUCAGGCUGCAGCCAAAGUUGACGUUGAAUUUGAUUAUGAUGGGCCUUUGAUGAAGACAGAAGUUCCAGGGCCCAGAUCUCGGGAGUUAAUGAAACAGCUGAAUAUAAUUCAAAACGCAGAUGCUGUGCAUUUCUUCUGCAAUUAUGAAGAGAGCCGAGGCAAUUACCUGGUCGACGUGGAUGGCAACCGGAUGCUGGAUCUUUAUUCUCAGAUCUCCUCUGUCCCCAUUGGUUACAGCCAUCCCGCUCUCAUGAAACUCAUCCAACAGCCUCAAAACGUGAGCACGUUCGUCAACAGACCUGCCCUGGGAAUCCUGCCCCCAGAGAACUUUGUGGAGAAACUGCAGGAGUCCUUGCUCUCGGUGGCUCCUAAAGGGAUGUCCCAGCUCAUCACCAUGGCCUGUGGCUCCUGCUCCAAUGAAAACGCCUUCAAGACCAUCUUCAUGUGGUACCGGAACAAGGAAAGGGGUCAAACAGGUUUCUCCAAAGAGGAGCUGGAGACGUGCAUGGUCAACCAGGCCCCCGGCUGCCCCGACUACAGCAUCCUCUCCUUCAUGGGCGCAUUCCACGGGAGGACCAUGGGUUGCUUAGCAACCACACACUCCAAAGCUAUUCACAAGAUCGACAUCCCUUCCUUCGACUGGCCCAUCGCACCGUUUCCACGGCUGCAAUACCCUCUGGAAGAGUUUAUGAAGGAGAACCGACAAGAAGAGGCCCGCUGCCUAGAAGAGGUGGAGGAUCUGAUCGUGAAAUACCGGAAAAAGAAGAAGACCGUGGCCGGGAUCAUUGUCGAACCCAUUCAGUCCGAGGGCGGAGACAACCACGCGUCUGAUGACUUCUUCCGGAAGUUGAGAGACAUCUCUAGGAAGCACGGCUGUGCCUUCUUGGUGGAUGAGGUCCAGACAGGAGGGGGCUGCACCGGCAAAUUCUGGGCCCAUGAGCAUUGGGGUUUGGAUGACCCUGCAGAUGUGAUGACCUUCAGCAAGAAGAUGAUGACGGGUGGCUUCUUUCACAAGGAGGAGUUCAGGCCCAAUGCUCCUUACCGGAUCUUCAACACCUGGCUGGGGGACCCAUCCAAGAACCUGCUGCUGGCCGAGGUCAUCAACAUCAUCAAGCGGGAGGACCUGCUGAAUAAUGCAGCCCACGCUGGGAAGGCCCUGCUCACGGGGCUGCUGGACCUCCAGGCCCGGUACCCCCAGUUCAUCAGCAGAGUGAGAGGACGAGGUACAUUCUGCUCCUUUGACACCCCAGAUGAAUCCAUACGGAACAAACUCAUUUUAAUAUCCAGAAACAAAGGCGUGGUGUUGGGGGGCUGUGGGGACAAAUCCAUUCGUUUCCGUCCCACUCUGGUCUUCAGGGAUCACCACGCACACCUGUUCCUCAAUAUUUUCAGCGACAUCUUAGCCGACUUCAAGUAACAAAGCCAUUUCCACUACGCUCUGGAAAAGCCCCGAUCUCAACAGUUGUCAAAUUGAUUAGUUUGCCUAAUUCAUGUUUUCACUUAAAGUAUCAGAGGUGAAUGCAUAAAUGGAAGGGUGGUGUGUGGGGAGGGGACAUUUUUUGGUGACUUGUGGGGAGGGGAGAAGGAAAGGACGGGUUUUGGUUUUCCUCCCUGCAGAGCCAAUGAUGCCUCAUUGGUUUAAGCCCAGAAAGUCUGUUUGGGCCCCAGACAGUCUCACGAUGGGUCGUGAGGGUCAUGGCCAUGUAUGUCUGCCUGCCCUUGACCCCAACAGUUUCUGUGGAAGCCAGUAAAGGGAAUGACACCUGCUCCUGGGACUGAUGGCUGGGUCUCCUGGGUCCCUCUCAAGUGCCGUAUUCUGUAGUCAAGGAUGCUGGUUCCCUCGCCCUAUGCAAGCAACCAUGCUCGCCCCCUCUCACCUGGCUCCCAGAGCUCUUAGCACAUCUCACGCACAGUUCAGUGAAGGACAGGACAGAUCAUAUGAAGGCAGGAUAGUGGGGACAUUAGGGCUGAGCCAGGCCUUGGACCACUCCUCUCCCCUCACCUGGGGGUUCCUCUAAACUGUGAAUUCUGUCCUUGCUGGAGAUUUGCUCUUGGAGACUCUCCAGAUGCAUCACUGAUAGUUCCUACUUGCCAUCCUCCAUUCCCCAAACUCUCUCCCCCCUGUUAAAUGUCACCUGAGACCUCUGCAAAGAAAACUGCAGCCUGAGCAGAGGGCACACAAGGACACACAUGAGCCAAAGGGUCAGAAGCACAAGCCAGUCGCCCGGGAGCAUGAGCCCAGGGCCUGGGGCAACAGAGUCACUUCCUCCUGUCUCCCAGCCAUCUGGGGUCUGCCUUUUGGACCCCUCGCCCAGGAGGCUUUCUCUAGAUUUGGUUCAUGCACCUUUGCUCCCCUUCUGAGCAGCCCUAGGAAUACCUCUGCUGUUCCAUCAUACCCGUCAGUUGCUAAACCAGAUUUCUCCUCGAGGGAAGCAUCAUGAAUUAAAGGCACCAGAGCUCCGCACGGUAAAAAGCAGCCUGUUGGUUUGAGGUGGUUUCCUUGUACCUUGCCACUCCAAAUUAGAGAUUUUCCUGACAUGCACGAGUGUGGCGAUUACCAGGCACCUGGUACUCAGGCUUCACUGCACUAUGGCUGAGGCGUCUGGUAGUCCUACAGCAAUAAAGCAUUGUUUAGUGGGUAGAUGGAGAAAGUCUGGCUGCAUUCUGUCCAGAAGGAAGGCCACUUCAUCUCCCAGUGCCUUGGUUGACCGUCUGGGGAGAUGGGCAUUUCAAGGUCCUCCAUUCAGCACUUUGGUCUUUUAAUAACUAAUCACCCAGAGAUCUCAAAGUGAUUUUUUUUUUUUCAGUUUCUACUCUUCAGCAGACUUGGUCAUCGACCUGUUUUUGUUGAGAACAAAAGGCACUAACAUGUGUAACAGAUACAGACAGAUCCCUGAAUUCACUUUGCAUUCUUGCAGUCCGUGCUAAUCCGUUACUUUAAAGUUCUGCCGUGUUUACUUAUUCAAUCAUUCAUUCAUCACUUGUAUUAAAUACCUGCUCUGUCCCAGGCCCAGUGCUAAGCACGAGGGGGACAAACCUGAAAUAAAACAUGGUCCCUGCUCUGAAGGGAUUCACAUCCUACUGUGCACAACAGACUUAAGCCAACAAUGAAAGCUGAGUGGCAAGUGCUGUAAUAGCACUUGUUAAAGCAUCAGGAAAUUGGAGGGAGUGCCCCAAUCCACUUAAGGGAGGUUCAAGAAAAAAAGAAACAUUUGAGCAGCGUUUUGCAGAAUGAGCAGGAGUUCACCAAACAGACAAGGCAAGGAAGAGUGUUGCUGAAAGGGAACAGCAUAUGCCAAGACACAUCAGUUUAUGGUCUCACACCCUUCACUGGGGAUCCAGAUUCCAUAGGCAGUAGCUCAAAAUUCAAGGCCUUAUUUAACAAACAAGCAAAAUGCAAACCAAACCAUAAUUCAUUUACUGACAUGGGUAUGCUUUCUCCUGAGAACUUGAGCACUGGAUGCAAAUAUACAGUAAGGUUCCUGGAAUCCAGAAGGUUUUUAAUCCAGGGCACAACUAGAAACUUGGCUCUUUGGUGGAGAGAGUGGCUCCAAUAUUUUGUUCUCUCCCCAGGGGGAAUUCACAGAGAAAUGAAACCACCAUUUUAUCUGGAAAAUCAUUUCCAGAUUUAUUCACUCCUUACCAAAGGGAAGUUAUUCUCGUAAAACUUUUAAAGCCAUUUAUCAAGUUCUUGUUGACUCAGGGCGUAAUGAGUUUCUAAGACAUCUGCUUUUGAGGGUAGGGGCCUAGCUGGAAGAAUUUCAAGGAAAAGAAUUCUCAGCAGAGCUCAAGGUCGUAGCAACUUGGAAGAGGUUGGUGAAAACACAGGGGACCCAGCGGACAGGUUGCCAUCGAGGGCAGAGCCCAGGGAGAAGUGUUUCUGUGGCUGACAGUCUGGAAAUGAAUCAUCCCAUUAUAAUUCGUGCCAUAGAGUUUAGGAAAUGUCUCUAGCAAAUCUUGUCACUUUUACAGAAAACAAGGUCCAGUGAUAGCAAGUCUUAGCACAUCCUCCCUUUUAUUAUAAAUGGGUGUUUUUUUUUAUAAUUUUUACUGAUACUCAGUAACCAUGCAAAACUGUGUAUAACAUUUCUCUAUCAUCUAUCAUCAGCUCGUGGUAGAAAACCAUAGCUAGGGAGCAUCGCCGACUUACGAUCUUGUUUACAGUGUCCUGUUGACAGUGCCAAUAACUGAUAAAUUAACAUGUCAUAAGGUAACUGAUGCCCAGAUGCACAAUUCCCUUAAUUAAAUGUGUUUCCCUUGUUAAUCAGUAUUGUUCAAUUUAAACAAUAUAUUUCUAAUGGAAA